AUGAUGGAUUUGGUUGCUGGUGUACGCAAAGAAGGCAGCCGCGGCGGCCGCAAUGAGUUCAAAUGGUCCGACGUCCAAAGUUCCGUCCACCGCGAGAACUACUUAGGCCACUCGGUGAUGGCUCCAGUCGGCAGAUGGCAACAAAACCGUGAUCUUGGCUGGUACGCCAAGGGUGACGAAUAUGAGGAAGAACGAAUCCGCAAAGAGCGAGAGGAACUUCAACGUGUCAAGGAAGCAGAAGAGGAAGCAAUGGCGAUCGCUCUGGGCCUCCCGGUGCCCCCCAAAGCAUCCGAAAACGCCAACAUGGUUCCCUUAGGGGGCGCUAACGUGAGCGAUCCCGAAGCCCGCGACGUGAAAGGCGACAUGACCGGGCCGACGAUGUUGCACGUGAGAAGGACCGGAGACACCGCCGUCAUCACGACGACCGAGAGCGCCCUCACCGCAGCCAUCGCCACAGAUCCCGCUCACGAUCUCGCGGCCGAGAUCACCACAGACGGCGCUCAGUCUCCCGUUCUAGGAGUCGACCCAGCCGCAAAGACGAAGAACAUCAGAAACGACGACGGAUGGAGCGCAGCUACUCGCCGGCUGAGCGUCGGCGACACCCCGAACGCAGACGAGACCGAGACGACUAUGAUCGCCGCCAUUGAGCUACAGACCAGGGAUAUGAAUUGA